AUGCACGUCUGGGAGACUUCUCAGGGACUACGCACUCUCACUGCUCAGCAGAAGCUCCACAAUCAAAAGCACCUCCCGUGUGUGAAUUACGCAGCGUUAGAUGUGUUGAAGAAUGUGGCGACCGCGGUGGCAUCGAGCAUUUGCAGCAGCAAUGGUGUCAGUACAGGCGGCGUGAGCAGCAGCCAUCACAGCAUCACUGACGGCACUGCGAUGUCCUCCGCGGGGACAGCACUGUGUAACGGGACAUCACGGGAGACCUACACGGACCACAGUCAGGGCAAAACUCACAAAGCAGGAUCUGUGUCCUCGGCAUCUUCUCAAGAGUCCGGGCCGGACAGCCCACCUCCCAGCAGCGGCAAACUAGAGAGGACUAUUGGUGGACAUGUCACGGGCCGAAGGAAAGGGGAUAAUAAGGCCAGCACUUACGGCAUGAAUUACUUGCUUUCACAUUGCACUAAUGGCAAUUAUGUGAGCUCUUGGACCCCAUGGAAGACAAAGAAGUACAAUCCCGGUGUUCUUGGGUUACAUGAGGAAAUUAUGGACUUCUACAACUUUAUGUCCCCUCGGCCGGAAGAAGAAGCUAUGAGGAAAGAGGUGGUGAACCGAAUAGAACUGGUCAUCAAGGAGCUUUGGCCCACCUCAGAUGUUCAAAUAUUUGGCAGCUUUAGUACAGGACUGUACUUACCAACCAGUGACAUUGAUCUGGUGGUGUUUGGGAAAUGGGAGCGACCUCCGCUGCAAGAGUUGGAACAAGCUCUUCGAAAACAUAACAUUGCAGAACCGUUCUCGAUUAAAGUGCUUGACAAAGCUACAGUGCCAAUCAUAAAGUUAACAGACCAGGAAACUGAGGUGAAAGUGGACAUAAGUUUUAAUGUGGAGACUGGAGUCAAAGCAGCCAGCUUUAUUAAAGAUUAUGUUAAGAAGUAUCCUGUUCUGCCUUACCUCAUCUUUGUGCUCAAGCAGUUUUUACUGCAGAGAGACUUAAAUGAAGUUUUCACUGGAGGGAUCAGCUCCUAUAGCCUUAUCCUCAUGGUCAUCAGUUUCCUACAGCUUCACCCUCGUAUUGAUGCAAGGAAUCCAAAUGAGAACUUGGGUGUCUUACUGAUUGAAUUCUUUGAGUUGUAUGGUCGUCAUUUUAACUAUGUGAAAACAGGGAUCCGAAUAAAAAAUGGAGGAGCAUACAUUGCCAAAGAGGAGCUCAUGAAGUCUAUGACUAAUGGAUUCAGGCCAUCUAUGUUGUGUAUAGAAGAUCCCCUACUCACAGGUAAUGAUGUAGGCAGGGGUUCUUAUGGUGCCAUUCAUGUCAAACAAGUGUUUGACUAUGCAUACACUAUCCUGAGUCACGCUGUGUCCCCACUCGCACGAUCAUAUCCUAACAAAGACUCUGAAAGCACCUUAGGCCGAAUAAUCAGACUGACUCAGGAAGUUAUUGAUUACAGAGAAUGGAUUAUUAAGAAGUGGGGCGUUCGUGAUCUGUCACAACUGGAACACACAGCAACAUUGGAGUGUGAAGCCGGUUGUGUGAACUCAGAGGAACAGAGGGACUCUGUGUCUCCACCUAGCGCAGACUCUCCCAUGUCCAUCUCCAGUCCUCAGCAGCACUCGUCUGCCUCAUCUGUGUCGUCAGGAUCAGACAAUGACUCCGAUUCUACUCUGCCUGCUCCCAUCCCUCCACCUCCCUUUCAUCAUUAUCCAUCCUUCCCACAUUUGGGACUGGCUCUACCACCAGGCUUCACCAUAGGGUCUGGUAAACACAGUAUAGGAGCACAUACACUCUUCCUACCUCCCGUUUCACAGGCACACGUCUCACUGGCUGGUGGUCUAACAAUGCACUCCUUGCCUGGCAGACAGGUGUGUAUAGACACCAGGCUCCCUCACUUCUUCCACAUGCCCUCCCCAGCCCAUGCUCAUGCCCCUGCCCCUUCCAGCCCCCAGCCUCUGCCCAGCUCCCCCUCCAGCCACACUCACAAGAAUGGAGUCAAAUUCAACAUGAAGGGCUUCCACAACCCGCCACAAGUCAACAGUCCUGUCUUGGUUAACCGUGGACAUGUGCACACGCAUACACAGUAUCACCGUAACACUUGGAGACGUAGAAAGCGGGACAGUCUCCCCGUCAGCCUCAGCAGAUAG